AUGUCGUCUUCAGAGCAAAAAGAGGAAAUAAUUGAUUCUUUUUCGAAAAAUCCAGAGCUUCCAACAAGCUUUGAGCAAUUGGGGCUGAAUUCAUGGUUAAUAGAUGCAUUAAAUGCAAUGUCCAUAAAAUUCCCAACUGAAAUUCAAAGUGCAUGUAUACCAAAAAUUUUGUUAGGAAAAGAUUGCAUAGGAGAAGCAAAGACUGGAAGUGGUAAAACUGCAGCUUUCGCAUUGCCAAUUUUACAAAAAUUGUCUGAAGAUCCUUUUGGUAUUUUCGCUCUUGUUUUAACUCCUACAAGAGAAUUGGCUAUUCAAAUUGCAGAUCAAUUUAGAGUACUUGGUAAGGGUGUAAAUAUAAAAGAAUGUGUUAUAAUUGGAGGUCUAGAUAUGAUGACUCAAGCGAUACAACUUUCGAGAAAACCACAUGUUGUUAUCGCUACACCCGGAAGAUUAGUAGAUCAUAUUAAAAGUAGCGAUAUUAAAUCAAGUCUUAAUAAGAUUCGAUUUUUAGUACUUGAUGAGGCUGAUCGUCUUUUAUCGGACACAUUCGCAAAUGACCUGAGUGUUAUAUUUGAAAAUAUUCCUUCAAAAAGACAAACGUUGCUAUUUACGGCGACAAUGACAGAAAAUAUUCUGGCAUUAGGAAAUCUUGAAGAAGACUCGAACAAGAAGCCUUUUGUAUAUCAAAUUAAAUCAGACACAUCGACAGUAUCAACUUUGGCACAAUAUUACAUUUUCAUUCCAUCUCACGUCCGUGAGCCUUAUUUAGUUCAUCUUCUUCGUUCUAAAGAAUUUUUAAACCAAUCUACAAUAAUAUUUUGUGGACGUUGUAAAACUGCUGAAUUAUUACGCGUAAUGUUGGUAGAAUUGGAUAUUCGAUGUACUAGCUUACAUUCAUCAAUGAGUCAGAAAGAAAGAUUAAAUAGUUUGGGAAAAUUUAAGGCAGAAGUUGUAAAAGUUUUAAUAGCUACAGAUGUUGGAAGUCG